CAUUGACUAUUCCGUCUCCCUGACAGCGGCAGCAUCAGCAGCAGCGCGAGCUCGGUAAACAGAGCGAGCGCCGAGCGGACUCCGCCUUUGCUCCCAUCAUCCCACCCCAGAGCCCGAGCUCCGAGGCGGCUUCAUCAACAAGCGCAAGACCCCCCUCGUCGACUCGCACUUAUCCCGCGGAUCAGAUAUGGACUACCCUUAACUGGACCUGGAGGGGAGAGGCUGGCGGGCGGGCGGGGGGUGGGGGGGAGAGAAACAGAAGAAAAAGCCGUAUAGGAAGAGAAGCACAACCGUGGGUGCCUGCCGCAACGAUGAACGGUUCGCCACGCUCGCGACAACCGCAGAUAAGCCAUCGGACUAUGGCCUGAAUAGCGGUUUACAUAGCUGGGAUUGUGCACCGAUCAUACAGGGGUAAAAUAUGUCCGCCUCGGUGGGGCCCCGCGGUGGCCCUCGCCCACCCACAACGCAGAGCUCCAUGCCCGAUAUACCGGACCUCAGUCACCUCACCGAGGAGGAGAGGAAAAUUAUCAUGGCUGUGAUGCUUCGGCAGAAGGAGGAAGAGGAGAAAGAUGAGGCCAUGCUCAAAGAGGAAAAGCCCAUACAAGCAAAAACAGUGAACCUGGUCGGGAACAAGAAACCACCUCAGCAGAACGACAUCAGUUUGCACCAGCAAGUUGCCAACUACAAGGAGCAGGUGAGGCGGAUUGGGCCGGAGCCCCCCCAACAGAGGCAGCAGGGCCAACACAAGGAUGACGCCCCCACCUGUGGCAUCUGCCACAAGACCAAGUUUGCUGAUGGCUGCGGAAACCUGUGCUCAUACUGCCAGACUAAGUUCUGUGCCCGGUGCGGGGGAAGGGUCUCUCUGCGUUCCAAUAACAAGGAGGACAAAGUGGUAAUGUGGGUAUGUAACCAGUGCCGAAAGCAACAGGAUAUACUCACUAAAUCAGGAGAAUGGUUUCCCAGCCAUGGGCCCAAACCUGGAGAGCUGGGGUCUGCAGUGAGUGAACCAGCCAUGUGUGGAGACCCCGUUGGAGAGAAGAGGAUGCGCUCUAGGUCUCAGAACCCUCUCGACUCCUCCGUUUCUACUGCCCACAACACCCAGUCACCUGCCCUAAACGACCCCAGAAAAGGCCCCUCUACAGGGUUAGCCGACACACCAUCAUCACGCUCACGCAGUGAGCCUCCACAAGAUAGAAAAAAGCCACCAGCAGCCUCUGAUCAGAAUGGCAAGUCAGGGCCAAGAGGAGAGAGGCGGCGAGGGCUAUCCAAAAUCCACUCCCAGGGUUCCGAAGAGCGAGAGUCCGGAGAAAAUCGGAGAGAAAGUCGAAGACUGAUGAAGACUCGCUCUCAGGAGCAUGACAGUCCUGAAACUAGGAGGACUGAGGGGGAGCAGAAACCACCCAGGGAACAGUGCAGGAGUGACCCAAAUGCUCCACAUCAAGCGCCCAAACUCCGGCCUGCGGAGCCUGAUGGACGUAUGCAUCCUAAGGUGAGGGAAGGGGGGGAGAUGGUGCAGGACAACAGAGGUGCACGGAGAUGGGCAGAUGGGCGGCAGACCUCGCUGGAGGGCCAGCAACAGGCCUACGUUCCAGAGAGGACAGCGGGGGGUACAGGUUUGCAGGGUGCACCGGCUGUGCAGGGUCCUCCUGCUAAAACGAACCACACCCCACAGCCGCCAGCUCCGGGGUUCAGGGUGGGUCCUGCCAUACCCGCAGGUCCCCCUGAACUUAGGGAGCCUCAGGAAUGGGACAGGAAGUUGCAGCCGAGCCACCUGGACCCUGGCUCGGCUGCACUACUGCGCAAAUCGAAACGUCAAAAAGAGAGCAUGCUGCGCAACGAUUCGCUCAGCUCUGACCAAUCGGAAUCUCUACGACCGCCCCCGCCCCGCCCGUACAAGAGCAAACGGGGUGGCAACAAGAGACAGAUGUCCGUCAGCAGCUCUGAGGAAGAGGGCGGUUCAACACCGGAGUACACCAGCUGUGAAGAUGUCGAGAUCGAGAGCGUCAGCGAAAGAGGGGACUGGGAGUGCUGUCCACUGGACCCCACCGCAUGGCAUCAUCCGGUUACAUGGCAGCCCUCCAAGGAAGGUGAUCAUUUAAUUGGCCGAAUCACUUUGAGUAAGCGAACAGCCAUGCCAAAAGAGGCUGGGGCUCUGCUUGGGCUAAAGGUGGUCGGGGGGAAGAUUACAGAAACUGGGAGACUUGGGGCUUUCAUCACCAAGGUCAAGAAAGGAAGUCUAGCUGAUGUGGUUGGUCAUCUAAGGGCCGGUGAUGAAGUGCUUCAGUGGAAUGGUAAAUCAUUACCAGGAUUAACCAAGAAAGAAGUUUACAAUAUCAUCUUGAAUUCUCAAACAGAACCGAAAGUUGAAUUAAUAGUAUCAAGGCCAAUUGGUGAUAUACCACGAAUACCAGAAACAUCACAUCCUCCAUUAGAAUCUACAGGUUCAAGUUCCUUCGAAUCACAGAAGAUGGAAAGACCCUCUAUAUCUGUCCUGUCCCCAUCCAGCCCAAGGGGUCUUAGAGAUGCCCCUCAGCUACUGCCUGGACAGCUGUCGGUGAAAAUGUGGUAUGACAAGGUUGGCCAUCAGCUGAUAGUGAACGUAUUGCAGGCUAUAGACCUGGCGCCCAGAUCAGAUGGACGACCCAGAAACCCCUAUGUCAAAAUCUAUUUCCUGCCCGAUAGAAGUGAUAAGAGCAAGAGAAGAACAAAAACAGUAAAGAAAAGUCUUGAACCCAAGUGGAACCAGACGUUUGUGUACUCUCAUGUCCAUCGGCGGGAUUUCAGGGAGCACAUGUUAGAGAUUACUGUAUGGGACCAACCCAGAAUACUAGAGGAGGAGAGUGACUUUAUAGGAGAGAUCCUGAUCGAGCUGGAGACUGCCCUGCUGGAUGACAAGCCUCACUGGUACAAGCUGCAGGCUCAUGACGUCUCUUCCAUCCCACUGCCGCACCCGUCGCCAUACCUGCCCCGUAGACACGGCCAAACAGAAACACCCACCAAAAAGCUGCAGCGCUCGCAGCGUAUUACAGAAACUGCUUAUGAUGAUGCUAUUGGUGUAGUCGCCACAGCUACAGAAAACCGCUCAAGAGAAAGAGAAAGGGACAGAGACCGAGAUCGAGCAACAACUUUAGAGGUUCCUGAUCAGCAGAGGCCAACUCAGUAUCGCUCAAGGUCUGUGUCUCCACACAGAGACGAAGAAAGCAGAGGGCGGUCCCGCCCUCCCAACGUCCCCACACAGAGGAGUCUGGAUGAGGUUCAGCAUACCCGGCGAUCCCGUUCCCCAACACGCUACCAUGACCGUACAUGUGUGCAAGAGAGAGAGUACAUAGACGACAGUGAGGUCAUCUUGAUACACAGAUCAAUGCGGGGUAGAAGCGCAGAGUGUCUGCACACCCAAAGGAGUUCAUCUAAGUACAGUAGCACUCUGCCUCCUAAGAUGCCUUUAUUAGUCAAUGGAAUUCAUAAGGUUAUUUACAGCUCAACACUUCCUGCAUGCCUUAAGUCAAAGUCACGGCUGUCUGUAGUCACUGCCACACAACGCCAAGUUCUUAGGCUCAAAGACAAGAUCACCAUUAGUGAUCUACAGCCCUCUCUUGACAGGCUUAGAAGUGCUAGUACCAACUGUCUGAGACCAGGUUCUAAUUCCAAUUCACCUGAACGAGACAGGAGCACCCAGUCUCUGCCCCGUACCAGACCCAUGAGCCCAAGGAUCCUAAUUCAGCAUGCCUCCCCAGAAGACGACAGCUGGGUUUUGGAGGCUAGGUUCCCCGCUCAGGAGACAGUACACCGCCUCAGUGCAAAGCCAGACGCACAGAGGCAGUCGAGAACUCUGGACAAGCCUAGCUGUCAGAAACUUGGCAAGAAAAUAUCUGACAGCGAGCGGGAACAGCCAAACUCCCGGCCCACAUUCUCCUCAUCAACAGGGGACUCUUCUUCGACACGAAAGGUCAGACAGCUUCCCCAAGUUCCCGCUAAAAGCAGCAGUGUAGAGCAAGCUCUUGCUUCAGAGGAGCGAACACGGCAAAUGAAAGUGCGCACCUUCCGAACAGCAGCUCCCUCCAGUACCAGCCAGGAUCUGGAGAAGGCGCUCAAAAAUAAAAGAGAGCUUUAUAAGGAGCAGCGACGAAGCUGUGACAAUGUGUCCCAUAAGUCCUCAGACAGUGAUGUCAGUGACGUGUCAGCCAUCUCUCGCGCCAGCAGUGCCUCGCGGAUCAGUAGCACCAGCUACAUGUCCAUUCAAUCAGAACGACCCAGGGGUCGCAUUAGCCGUCAUAUUCAUCCAUCCAGCCGCAGCAUGUUGAAGAGCACGAGUGUCAGUGGGGAAAUCUACACUCUGGAGCGUACGGAUGGCAGCCAGUCAGACACCGCUCUGGGAACACUGGGAGGAGGAGGGAAAAAGCGCAGAUCCAGCCUUAGCGCCCGUGUCGUCGCCAUCGUGGGCAUUCCCUCACGCCGCAGCAGAAGCACCUCUCAGCUCAGUCAGACAGAAGCAGCCAACAAGAAAACAAAGGGAUCCAGUCAGAUCCAGCGCAGUCAGGAGACGGGAAUGGCAGUGGAGUAUCCCCGUAACGCUAUGGCCCGCCAAACCAGCCGAGAGUCCACUGACGGCAGCAUGAACAGCUAUAGCUCUGAGGGCAAUUUGAUCUUCUCAGGGAUGAGGUUAGGGGCUGACAGCCAGUUCAGUGAUUUCCUGGACGGUCUAGGCCCUGCUCAGUUGGUGGGUAGACAAACACUUGCCACGCCCGCUAUGGGAGAUGUUCAGAUUGGACUGACAAAUAAGAAAGGGCAGCUGGAGGUGGAGGUUAUCAGGGCCCGUGGUCUUACGCCUAAACCAGGUUCCAAAUCGCUGCCGGCUCCCUACGUCAAGGUUUAUUUGCUGGAAAACGGAGCGUGCAAAGCCAAAAAGAAAACCAAGAUUGCACGGAAGACGCUAGAUCCUUUGUAUCAGCAAGCGCUCUUGUUUGAAGAAAGUCCGCAGGGUAAAGUCCUCCAGGUAAUAGUCUGGGGAGAUUACGGCCGCAUGGACCACAAAUGUUUCAUGGGAGUCGCACAGAUUCUUUUAGAGGAGCUGGAUCUUUCCAGCACAGUGAUCGGUUGGUACAAACUGUUUCCCCCCUCAUCAUUGGUCGACCCGACCUUAGCCCCUCUCGCUCGUCGUGCUUCCCAGUCGUCGCUGGACUCUUCAGGGCCACCGGGCAUCAUCAGGUCCUAGUGAACGGACAGGAGCCAGAUGCGAAACAAAACCACACGGACCAAGGACCCGAGGCAACAAUCAGAACCGGAGCGGCAGAUAAAGAGACAGAUGGACAGAAUCACGAUCAAAGCUUUGCUGAAGCCUGACAAUCACUUCUCUUUUACUUUUGAUCUUUGGGUUGUAGAGAUUUCCUUUGAUCCACUCUGCUCCGUUUACUGCAUGUUUUGUUGCUGAGAUGACGAUUCGACCCAAAUUAAAAAAGAGAAGGAAGGGAGAGGCUCCCAAAACGCGACCAGGAAGCAGAGCCCACGUGGUUCCGGUAGCCUAGAUGGUUGUGGUCAGUCAGCGUAUUUGUUUUCUCUCAUGUGUAUGCAUUUCAGAGAAUGGCGAGAGUGAGAGGACAGCACUGCCCCUCCUCUAUAUUGCACUUACAGGAAGCCCCAGAGGUCGAGGGUUAAAGGUCAAGAUUUAGUCUUCUCAGAGAGUUUCCUCUCUGCUUCACGGAUGCUGCAUCCGAGACCCCGCCGUGUGCCGGUCUGGCACGAACUCAGACUCAGAUUGUGUGACUGCGGUGUGUGUGUGUGUGUGAGUGUGCGUUUGCGUCUAAUAAGGCAGGGAUGCCUGAGAACCUUUUAAGUCUGUUUACAGCAGUCGCCACCGACUGCUUUGCCUUUUCACGUUACUGUUGAUUUGGUAAAUAGGCACACUUUGUAGAAUGUGAAAACAUGCUUCAUGUUUUCUGACAUUUGUGUCAUACGAGCUUCAUGGAAGACACAAAACCAAUUGUAUUUGAUUCACCGGGACUGUAAGAAGCAGCCACUAUCAUUUAGGUUUCUUCAACCCUAACGGGAAACUACAUGCAUUCGCUCGCUAAAACGUUCGACUUCGCAAUCACAAAACAUAUCGUACUGGCAUUUCAGAGCAUUUUGACUUCUAUUCCGUUUGGUAAAAGACCUGUACAUACCGAUAUUUGAAUUUCUACCUGACUAGAGUUUACAUUAUUUUAAUGCGAGCACAAUUGCUUGAUUUUUGAACAAAACAAGAGAAAAGUUUAAGCUUUGGGGGAUUGAUGAUAUUAAUGAAAAGGCCAAAAUCGUAAGCUUCCUAUUUUUAGCCGUUUGUCAUCGAUUUGGGUUUGGUUUAUUAUGAAACAAAUCUCAUAGACCCCCCUCCCCCCCCCCAAUGAGCAUUUUGAAUGUGACAGUGAAAAGUGGUCUUUGAAGAAGACCGAUCGCCACCAACACGGGGAACAGCAUGAAUCUGGAACUGUUCCAAGUUGCAUGCACAUUUUGUAAAACAAGACAGAUGAGAAAAAAAGAGACUACAAUAAGUGUGUGUUAGUUCCACAAACUGUAGGCCAGCUUGUAUGUUGCAUGUACUUGUACAGUUUGCUUGUACUUGAUAUAAAUAGAUUAUCAAAUAAAACGAAGCCAUUCAUUCCAUGUGUGGGCAUUUGGCCGGGUUCAGCCAUACACACGGGCCUUAUUUUGGGGCUGAAUGUCUAUAAAAUUUUUAAAUUGUUUUAAUCAACCCCCCUUCCCCUUUUUUUUUUACUUGACCCUGGAUGGAUAAAUAAGCACUGUACUGUAGUACUCCGCAAACUCAAGGCCCUAUUUUAUUGAAGAUGUUGCUGUUCACUGUAGUCUGUAUACUACUGUGGGGCUAAAACUAAGGUAGAAAGCCUGUAUAAAAACUAGAGCUAUAUGUAUAUGGAAUAUAAUUAUGAAAAUCACAAUGACAUAGAGAUAUAUCGAUAUUGAAACAGAGUGUAUCAAGUAAACAUCACUUACGUACAUGCAUAUAUUGUAAAUAUGAGUCUGCAAAGAAGUUUACUUAUAUUUACAAAGCGGCCCCAUUCAAGUUAAUGGAUCAGUGCUCUGUCUCUUGGUUCUGCUGAGCGGAAGAAGGGAUGCCUCCAAAGUUUUAUUUUAGUGAUGCCCAAUCUAACGAGAGAAAUUUGGACCUCUACCACCCUGUUGCUUUAUAAUAAAUGCUCAUGAAUCCUCGUUUCAAAGAGAAGUUUACUUUAUAUGCCUGGUUUCGGCAGACUUAUUUACUUUGUCAGUAUUAUUCAAGGAUACUGAUUGUUUACAGCUCAUGUGUUCCACUGAAACAAAAUUGAAAGUAUUCACUGCAACAUUUCUUGUUUGUACAGCAGACGUGGCUCAAAUAAUGUGUAUGUUUUAUAUUCAAGAGUUCAUUUUUAUUAUUUACAAAUAAAAGACUGUGUGGAAGAAA